UCUUCACUCAUCAUAAAAAGUUCUUUCUUCGUCAAGAGAUGUGCGGCUGAAUAGUUUGAUUCUUAAAAAAAGAUACGAUAAAAAAAAAUUCGUAUGGAAAAUAUAUAAGUUAAAAAACAAAAAAAAAAACCUUUAUAACAAACCAUUCGAACUUGACAUUCAAUCAAGUAUUAUGAAUAUGAAAAGUGGAAUUAUUUCAUUCAUAGUUUUCAUUGCUAUCGAAUUGAAAUCCGUCGCCCCGGAUGGCAUUAGAAUUGGCUUAAUAACCGAUCGAAAUGUUGAACAAAUGCAAACAGUUUUUCAAACAGCAAUCGAAGCUGCAAACGCUGAUUUGGAAGUACCUCUGUGGCCAACACAGAGUGAAGUUACUGUUGGUGAUUCAUAUGAAGCGUACAAAGCAAUUUGUGAAAUGUUGAUGCAAGGUGUUGGAGGUAUAUUUGGAACUUCUUCGAAAAAUACAGCAAUGCAUUUGAUGGCUGUUUGUGAUGCAAAAGAAAUACCUUUUAUGAGUUCUCAUAUGGAUUUUGACCCAAGAAAAUCUGUAAUGGUUAAUUUACAUCCGCAUCCGAAAGAUAUUGCAAAAGUCAUUCACGAUCUGAUAGAUGCAUUUGAAUGGAAAAGUUUAACUUUUCUUUAUGAGUCAGGUGAUUAUCUUACUAUUUUAAACGAAUUAAUCAGUUUGUACGAUUGUGGAGGACCAUUCAUUACCGUUCGUCGAUAUGAUUUGCAACUAAAUGGAAAUUACAAAAGUAUUCUUCGAAGAGUGAGAAAAUCAGAUGACAGUUAUGUAGUUAUUGUUGGUUCAGUAGAAACACUGCCAGAAGUUCUUAGACAAGCACAACAAGUUGGUAUCAUAACCGAAGACUACAGCUACAUUAUCGGAAGCUUAGAUUUACAAGCUAUCGAUUUGGAAGAAUUCAAAUACAGUGAAGUAAACAUAACUUCGAUCCGAAUGUUCUCUCCAGAACAACCAGAAGUGAAGAAAUUAAUUACAGCUCUAGGAUAUCCCGAAGAUGACGAAGAGAGAAACAUUACAUGCCCUAUAACAAUUGAAAUGGCUUUACUUUACGAUGCCAUACAACUCUAUGCUGAAACAACAAAAACCAUGAGAUUUAAACCAGUUUCAUUGAAUUGCUCUGAUAAUAUUGAUUGGGAAAGAGGUUCAUCAUUUGGAAAUUUCUUGCAUUCGACCGUUGCACAGGGUCUUACUGGAAAUAUUUUUUUGGAAGCUGGUAUUCGAAAAGAUUACAAUAUUGAAUUAGUUGAAUUGACAGCAGCGGGUCUCCAGAAAAUUGGAGAUUGGCAUUCAGAAAAAGGACUUAAUAUAAAUCGAUACGUCCCUUCGGAACCGAUGCCAUUGGAUUAUGAUCGUUUAUCGUUGGUUAAUAAAAGUUUAACUGUUCUAUUAGCAAUGAAUGCACCGCAUGUUAUGUUAAAGCAAUCUACUAUGAAACUUUCCGGAAAUAACCGCUAUGAAGGAUUUGGAGUUGAACUUAUUCAGCGGUUAGCUGAAAAGCUUGGAUUUAAUUAUACAUUUAACAUGCACGUAGAUGGUAAUUAUGGUUCUUUUAAUUCUUCGAGUAAUAUUUCAACAGGAAUGGUGCGCGAGAUUAUGGAAGGGAGAGCUGAUUUAGGAGUUACAGACCUUACAAUUACAUCUGAGCGGGAAGCUGGAGUUGACUUUACAAUUCCAUUUAUGAAUUUAGGAAUCUCCGUUUUGUACCAAAAACCACGUAAAUUAGAACCAAAAUUAUUUUCCUUCAUGGAUCCAUUUUCGGGCAAGGUUUGGAUUUGGUUGGGUAUAUCGUUUUUUGGUGUAUCCCUGGCAUUUUUCAUUUUGGGUCGACUUGCACCUGGUGAAUGGGAUAAUCCAUAUUCAUGUAUUGAAGAACCAGAGGUAUUAGAAAAUCAAUUGACUAUAAGUAAUUCCAUUUGGUUUGCCACCGGGGCACUAUUGCAGCAGGGAAGUGAAAUUGCUCCAAAAGCUCUUUCUACUAGACUUUUGUCUUCCAUCUGGUGGUUUUUCACUCUUAUUUUAGUGGCAUCAUAUACAGCAAAUUUAGCAGCUUGUCUUACAAUUGAAAACCCUACAAGUCUCAUUAAUGAUGUAAAAGAUCUGGCUGAGAAUAAAGGUGGAGUUACGUAUGGAGCAAAGAGCAGUGGUAGUACUAGAACUUUUUUUAAGAACACUGAAGAUGUAACUUACAGCUUAAUGAAUGAUUUUAUGAAUCAAAAUCCAAAUUUAUUAACAAGUACAAACGAUGAAGGUGUACAAAGAGUUUUAACAGAAAACUAUGCAUUUCUAAUGGAAUCAACAUCAAUUGAAUAUAAUGCGGCUCGUAUAUGUAAUCUAACACAAAUUGGAGGAUUAUUAGAUGAAAAGGGCUAUGGUAUUGCAAUGAAGAAGAAUUGGCCCUAUCGUGAUAAACUUAAUGAUGCACUUCUUGAAUUGCAAGAAUCAGGAGUUUUAGCUAAAAUGAAGUCGAAAUGGUGGUUUGAAUUAGGAACAGGAAGUUGUACUAGUAAAACAGAACAAUCUGAAGCAAAGGAAAUGGGAAUGCCAAAUUUGGGAGGAGUUUAUUUAGUACUUUUAAUUGGAACUUCGGUAGCAGCAGCUUGUGGGCUGCUUGAUUGGUUAUUAUUUGUGUUUAGAAAAGCAAGGCAUUAUAAGGUUCGCUUUUGGGAUGCAUUCAGAGAAGAGUUUCUAAUUGUGAUAGAUUUUUCAAACAAUACUAAAAUUGUAUGCAGUACCGGAUCCAUAUACUCGAAAAAUUCUUCAUUAACAGUUGACUCGCGAGAUAAAACGGAAAGCUAAUGCUGUAGUUGAAAAAAAUUGUUUACAUUAAAAUGGAAUAAAGACGUUUAUUGGUCUCAUUAUUUAUGGAACAGA